UUUUAUUUCAGCUGAUAGUUUCUCUAUUUCCUCUGCUCCCCACUCAUCCAGGCCCUUUCUUAGAUUUGGGUCCCGUGCCCAGCCCGCAAAGCGGUAGCUUCCGCAGCCUGGCUAGCGCUAUCGGUGCCAGCUGCCGCCACUGCCAGCCACCACAGGGCCAGCGCCACGUUGGGACCCCAUUUUCGCCCGCGCGGCUCCGGAAACCUCCAGGCUGAGUUCCUUCUCGCAUCCACCGUCCAACGGCAGCAAUAUCGCAUGCCUAGUCUGGCAGGCUAACUACCGGCCGGAUGCGCCUCAAAUGACCGCUGCUCGCCUGAAACAUGGAAGUGGACGUGCUGCCAUCGUACCAGCAGGCCACCUCACGAGGCGACUGGCUGCCGCUGGCGGCUCCAUACAUCGCAUUCACCGACUAUCCAUCUCUCUGCUGCGUCAACCGCCGUUUCUGGUCCGUCUUCGCGCCGAGGAUAUGGAGAGACCCCCGUAUGGCGUCUGGGUGUUUGGGAUGGAGAGAAGACAGUGAUGCCAUAUCCUGGUGGAUCGCCUUCAUCGAUCACAAGUUGAGCAGGCUCACAGCCCAUACUCGCGCAUUGGUCCGCGUGCUAGAUGCCAGAGCAACGGCGGGAGAGUUCAGCUUGUAUCUCGGCCUCAGGGAAAAGACUGUUAUUCGAGCCUUGGAGCUGUUACCAAAUUUGCACAGCCUUCUCCUUGAUAACAACCCUAACGUGGAAAUGCGCUUUCAGCGCAGCGACGCCACCAUUAAUGAUCAGCUGAAAAUCUCCAUGUUGAGCGUCCAAAAUUGUCCAAAUGGAGUCCCUAUAGGACUCAUUAGGAAUUACUCCCUCCGUGGACUAGUUUUCCUGGACGUAUCUGGCAUUGCUAGUGUAUCUCCGCAAUUACUACACCCGGUAUACUUGCCUGAAUUACGUAUCCUCAAGCUUCGCCGUCAAGGCAUCAGCUCCACAGCAUUUGCUGCUUUUUCAGCUGUUCUCGGCCACCGCUUAUGGAGCCUAGACUUGAGUAAUAAUAGGCUAACUGACGACGCUUUUCAACACAAACUACACGCCAUGUUCUCACACAAUGACCUGCGAUCAGACGCCCGUGCUCAGGCGGAGGGUACUUUGGAGAGGCUCCCUGUUAUCACACGAAGCCAUGGCCAGUUCUUCAUGCUUCGCGAGUCAGCUCAAAGCAUUCUGUUUGUUCCCGACGAUAGAUAUCUCGCGGAUACUCCCCCAUAUACCGCGACUAAUAUCGCUACUGCCAACAACGUCAUGACACGGUCCGACGGCUCUGCUCCUGUACGCUCGGACACAGCCGACGGUGUCAUACGCCUCUUGUCUCGACAUGACUCCACCGACGCGGUACAUCACAUACCAAAUUCAGGCCUCACACACCUGCACCUAUCAGGCAAUCCAAUCUCUGCAUUUGCAGUGGAAAGGAUGCUGCGGGAAUCCUAUGGCCAGCUGGAGCACUUCGAUUGCGAUUCAAUGCGUCUAUUUCCGCCAAGCCCAGUCAAAGGACACCCGUUGUGUCCGUCCGAUGCAAUCCAAUUGGACGGCUUCUCGGGUAUGUCGCAUAUCUUUCGCCCUGUGUGGUCUUCCAAUCUCCGGUCUCUCAGGAUACAUCACUCGCUCGUCACAAAUAUCCCUACCCUCUGUUGUAGUAGAUACUCCUCCAUUGAAUGCACAUACUUGGCAGAAAUGCAAAUACAUCCUCGUCUCAAUCUUGCCUAUCCACUGGCUUUUAUUCCGGAUAUGAAUCCCCGGUUGGAGUCUUUGACACUAACUUGUGUCCCCCGCCGUUCUUUUGGGCCACUCGUUCAGAUAUUGGCAUUAUUUCUUCAACAAUUGGGCCUGCAAGAGUCCCACGUGACAGAGACAAACGAAGCUGAGGCGUCUCGGCCAGGGAAGUCGCCGCGCUUGGUGCGCGGCCUGCGGAAUCUGACCUUGGAAAUGGAACCGGAAUCUUUAAACGUAGAGGACACUGAGGGACUCAUGAACUUUGACGAGACCCCAUUCAGCUUUUUUGACAGUCCAUUAGAGGAGGUGCCAUCGCCGCCAAGGCCCCAUCUAGAUCUUUGGUCCUGCCCUGAUAUGAGUCAGCUCAAAUCCCCGUUGACCACUGUGCAGCCGUGGGACGCAUAUAACCCGUCGCCAAGAACCCCAGAUGGAGAUGCCAUGAAAGACCAAUGGGUGCUUCAUCAGCCAGAGGAUGGAAGUAGUGAUGCAAUAGUGGUCUGGGCUGGUAAUCCUGAGGCACCGAACGCCAUCGUCAAAUUAUACAAUUAUCUAGUUGUAAACUGUGGCUUAAAAGAGGGUGCAGGGCCCGUCAAUCUCACUCAGCAGAAAGCCGGGACUCCCCGCGAAUGCCUCAUUUUUCACACUGUUUGGCUCUAUGCUUCUUUGCCCCGGCGGAUUCAACCACCUCAGGGCAUUCAAGAUGAGAUAAAGUCUAAGGAUGUGGCUGCUACAUUGCGUCAGCUCCAGCUUCCCGCGCGUGAAGCCUUUGGGCGAGCACGAAAGGCGGACCCCAACACUACAAAUUGGUAUUGGCGGGGAAGCCUGAGAAUUAUAGACUCGGAAUAGAUGCCCGAUUCUGCUUUAAUUUUUUGCUGAUGAAAACGAUAAUGACUAAUAGAGUAUCCGAAAUACACACGCGGAUGGAAACAGUCUUGUUACAUGAUACAAAUAGAAGCAAUAACGGAGAUUGUGUAAUACAGUGUGCGUUAUAGGUUAUGGUGGAGUUGUGUGCUUGUGGUUGCAUGAUUCCCUAUCUUUUUUGCCUCCUUGGCAGAGUCGCAUAUAUUUCACGGAACCGAUUGCCGAGACAUGCGCCGUCCAGCUUUCUUCAUCAUGCUACCACUGCUGGCAUGCCAAUGAGAAGCGCUCACAGCGCCU